AUGUGCGCCGAAUGCGAACCACGCGUCCAGAAAAAACUAGGCGAAGCCGCUUACACGGCAAAAACCGAUGUCUUACUCCGGAUGAUAGAGAGAAGUAACAAGCAGCGACAGCAGGUUACAGGAUGGAGUUGGCUGAACGUCUUCGACUGUUUGGGGAGGUGGUUACGGACUGCUAGCUUGGUGCUUCAACUCCUUUGGCAUCUCUCCAUAAUGCUCAUGCUGUUUAAGGCGGCGAUCAUAACACGGCUGGGUGAAACGCCAAAUCCAUGGGCGCUGAGAGCUGUGAAUACUUGUUUUUGGGUUUUCAACGUUCUGCCGUCAACCGAACGGUUGAGUGGUUGGAGUCUCACUAUCGCGAUUUUAAGCGUAUGGUGGAAUCCACGGUAUCCUCAGCUACACCGAGGCUUUACAAAACACAUAACUGGGUUUCGAGCCUGGUACAUGUAUCAGGCCGUUCUGGUCUUCAUGCGAUUUUGGAUCAGGAGGUUGCCCAUCCUAGCUGGUAUUGAACAAGCAGACUUGAACAUGUCGGCAGCUGCGCAUGUUUUCUGGGCCGGCUUUGCUAUUCUUGUUCACCUCCUAGCCCCUCGCGCUAUCCGUAUCGACAUGGCGCCCCUGUUUGGAAACACGUCUAAACCAUCCGCACCACAAGGCAGACCUGUAACACAACCAUCCACAUAUAGGCCGACAACGGCAAAUACGGCAACAGCAGCGACAGGUCCGAGACGAUCAGAAAGACUAAUGAAGCCCUCGGCGCAGUUACUUGCUGCGCGACCUACAUUCUCAUCAUCACUGGCACCGGCCGCACCUCCAGCGCCAGCGCCAGCGCCGGCUCCGGUUACAACGCCAGAUGAGAAGCCAGACGAAAUUAAGGUCAUGGUUGACUUGCUGGAUGAGAUCGUUAAUGGCCCAUCCAGCCCGGCCUCCCCAACACCCUCACUAGACCAUUCGCCAUUCUUCGUACCACGGGUAGGGAGGUCUAAUGUUCCGGCCACUCCUGGGUCUCCAUUCUCUCCAACACCAACACCACGCCGCUUUGGUACUGGCGUUGGCACUGACACUGGCGCUGCCCCUUCUUUCUCGAACCUUGGUCCAGCUGCCAACACAAGAUCGGCUGCGGCUGCUUACACGCAGGAUAUGGAAAUGGAUUGGACGCCUACUCAGUCACAGUACCGAGCCUUCCAAACCGUCGGCCAGCGGGAAAACCAAGGGUUUAACGAAGCCCCUACCGACGAAAACAAGGGACCCUUCUGGUACCGCGUACCACCAGCGCCAACGGCGCCCGCCCAGAGGCUGAACAACUACCUUACAAAACAACCACGCAUCAUCUCCUCGCGCAACACGGCACCUCGGCCAAGCUCAGGGAUACCAUCCUUCGGAAGCACUGCGCUCGUCAACACCCCGCAGAAACAGAUUCUUGGGAGGACCAACGGCAAUGAUUAUAUGACCAUGACCAUGAGGAGAGAUGCUGGGGAGGAUACGGGAAUUGAUCCAACCCCGGCACGAGUUGCCUUCGCGCCGCCUACGUUCUUUGUACCUCCGCCGCAGAACGAUCCCAGGAACUCGCUCUCCGAAAUGCUAGGCCGUAGCUUUAGCCUGAGUCAGGAGGAGGAGGAGCAGCGGGAGGCGGAGAGGGAGGAGGCUGAGAAGAAUAAGGGCUGGUUCGGUGGCGGGCUGCUUACGUUCAGGUCAACGACGCCUGCGAAGAAGAAGGACCAGUGA